AUGAAGCCACUGGAGAAAUUUCUAAAGAAACAGACGUCGCAGCUGGCCGGCCGAACGGUGGCAGGAGGUCCCAGCGGGGGUCUGGGGAGCUUCGGCGGGCCUGGAGGGGGUGGGGGACCUGGCGGGGGCGGCGGUCCAACCGGGGGACUGCGGCCGUUGCAGCGGCGUCAGAGCGUGUCUCGACUGCUGCUCCCAGCUUUCCUCCGGGAGCCCCCAGCGGAGCCCGGGCUGGAGCCACCCCCUGAGGAGGAAGGGGGAGAUCUGGCGGGGGUCGAGGAGGAGCCGGGCAGCGGGGGACCCUGCUGGCUGCAGCUGGAGGAGGUGCCAGGACCUGGGCCACUCGGGGGAGGGGGUCCUCUGCGCUCCCCUUCCUCAUACUCCUCAGACGAGCUGUCCCCGGGCGAGCCCUUGACUUCACCGCCCUGGGCCCCCCUGGGCGCCCCCGAGCGGCCGGAGCAUCUUCUGAAUCGGGUUUUGGAGAGGCUGGCUGGAGGGGCCACCAGGGACAGCGCUGCCUCAGAUAGCCUGCUGGAUGACAUCGUCCUCACCCAUUCUCUCUUCCUCCCCACCGAGAAAUUUCUGCAGGAGCUACACCAGUAAUAUCCUUUUGCAGGGAGCAUGGAGGGCCCUGAGGGGCUGGGCCGGAAGCAGGCCUGUCUAGCCAUGCUUCUCCAUUUCUUGGACACCUACCAGGGGCUGCUGCAGGAGGAAGAGGGGGCCGGCCACAUCAUCAAGGAUCUGUACCUGCUAAUUAUGAAGGAUGAAUCCCUUUACCAGGACCUCCGGGAGGACACUCUGAGGCUGCACCAGCUUGUGGAGACAGUGGAGCUAAAGAUUCCGGAGGAAAACCAGCCGCCCAGCAAGCAGGUGAAGCCACUCUUCCGACACUUCCGCCGGAUAGACUCUUGCCUGCAGACCCGAGUGGCCUUCCGGGGCUCUGAUGAGAUCUUCUGCCGGGUCUACAUGCCUGACCACUCCUACGUGACCAUACGCAGCCGCCUUUCAGCAUCUGUGCAGGACAUUUUGGGCUCUGUGACGGAGAAACUGCAGUAUUCAGAGGAGCCUGCAGGGCGUGAGGAAUCCCUCAUCCUGGUAGCUGUGGCCUCCUCUGGAGAAAAGGUCCUUCUCCAGCCGACUGAGGACUGUGUCUUCACCACACUGGGGAUCAACAGCCACCUGUUCGCCUGCACGAGGGACAGCUAUGAGGCCCUGGUGCCCCUCCCGGAGGAGAUCCAGGUCUCCCCUGGAGACACAGAGAUCCACCGCGUGGAGCCUGAGGACAUUGCCAACCACCUCACUGCCUUCCACUGGGAGCUGUUCCGCUGCGUGCACGAGCUGGAGUUCGUGGACUAUGUGUUCCACGGGGAACGCGGCCGCCGGGAGACGGCCAACCUGGAGCUGCUGCUGCAGCGCUGCAGCGAGGUCACACACUGGGUGGCCACCGAGGUGCUGCUCUGCGAGGCCCUGGGCAAGCGCGCGCAGCUGCUCAAGAAGUUCAUCAAGAUCGCGGCCAUCUGCAAGCAGAACCAGGACCUGCUGUCCUUCUAUGCUGUGGUCAUGGGGCUGGACAAUGCCGCCGUCAGCCGCCUGCGGCUCACCUGGGAGAAGCUGCCAGGGAAAUUCAAGAACUUGUUCCGCAAAUUUGAGAACCUGACAGACCCCUGCAGGAACCAUAAAAGCUACCGAGAAGUGAUCUCUAAAAUGAAGCCUCCUGUGAUUCCCUUCGUGCCUCUGAUCCUCAAAGACCUGACAUUCCUGCAUGAGGGGAGUAAGACCCUUGUAGAUGGUUUGGUGAACAUCGAGAAACUGCAUUCAGUGGCUGAAAAAGUGAGGACAAUCCGCAAAUACCGGAGCCGGCCACUUUGCCUGGACAUGGAGGCAUCCCCUCAUCACCUGCAGACCAAGGCCUAUGUGCGCCAGUUCCAGGUCAUCGACAACCAGAACCUCCUCUUCGAGCUUUCCUACAAGCUGGAGGCAAAUAGUCAGUGAAAAGGGAGGUUCUGGUCAGACCCCCACCAGGGUCUUUGGGCACCUGGCACUCAAGCACUUUGUAUGACUGCCUGACCUGCUGCCAUCAUCUUUCCCCUGGAGCAACUUCCCACCCCACGGAGAAGAGCUGGAUGGACUUACCGCUGGACUCACAAGCCUCAUCCUGCUGAAGUCCUCUCCCUAUCACUUCUUCAAGCUGAAACCACACUCUGUUGGUUCCUGCCCUCUCUGGGAAAGAGGGCAGAGAGUCCUUCCUCUGUCUCCUCCCAUCCAGGUCUGUUUCCAAGAUGGAGUUUCCAACUUCUUCCCAAGCAGGAAAGAACUAGCUGCUCACCCUCCCAUCUUACAAAGUAGAAUUCUGGGAGGGAUUGGCAGUCUUCUCCACCUGCCCAGCUUCUCCCUGGUCAGGGCUGGGGCCCCUGGAUAUACUGCCCUGGAUAUUAUAGUGCUCUGUGUGUGUGUGUGUUUGUGCCCUUGUAAGGGAGCAGGAGUGCAUCUGGUAAUUGAGGAGGGUUGUUGUGUGUGCCGGGGGACAGUGGAGGGUCCUUCUGUUUGGUGCUACUCUGCCCCUGGGACAUGCAGGGUGCCUUUCCCACCCCCACCACUCCCUGCUCAGCUCCUCAUGCUGCCCUGCGUGCCCAGGCUUGUGGGCCAAGCUGCUUUAAGGGCAGGGAGCAGCAAAUGGGAGGGGUGACCCAAAGCCCUUGCAAGUCCUCCACUCAGGCUUCCUGAAGAUCCCUGGGUGAACUCUGAUGAAAGGGUGAAAGAUGCUCAGGGAAACACAGGCCUAAGCUGCCUAUUGGACCCUCCCUCUGUCUUGUAGUGAAGUGGGGUGCAGCAGUAUUAAGAGUUUGGGUGCUCCCACUCCUGCUUUUGGGGGCAUCUCACUGCUAAGGAGAGAGUUGGCAUCCCCCUUCUGGCUCUUGUGUCUGACAGCAACAACACAGUCUUUGUCCCUCUCCCUUUCUCAACUCCCCUUUUGUCCUUCCCAUGGAGCUGGAGUGAGGUGUGUCUCUGUACCUGGGGCAGGCAUCCCCCCAAAGUGGGGAUGGGAGGGACAGUGGGGACAGCAGAAACCAUAAAGGCCAAACUGGACUCUGGCAAGGACUUUAAUACCUCUGCUCCCUCCUGUUCCUGCCACAGGCCUCCAGGGCUGAGGGGUACAGGGGCUCCUGGCAGCUACUGGGUGAGGUUUCCUGGCAUAGCCUCACCCUCCCUUCUGGCACCACCUCUUUCCCUUUUGAAGAGGCAGCAGCAGCAGUAGUAGCAAAAGUGGCAACUGCUCCUGCUCUGAGGGUGUAUAUAUUUUUUACCCCAAAUUCUGGAAUUGUAAAUUUAUUUUUUAAAACUCAGAGGGAAAGAACCUUGUAUCAUAUGUAAACAAUGUAUUAUAGGUAAUGUUGUACAGUCCCUUUUAUACACAGUCUGGGUCAGUCUGCUCUCUGCUACAAAAACUGUCUAUGGACAUACACAGGCGCUGUGUCCCACACCCUCCCACCCUCUCAGUGGCUGUGACUACCCUCCUGCUCCCUUGCCUCCUCCCUGCUACUGCUGAUGUGCCCUCAGCCCUCAGCAGGCCUCUCACCCCAGGUCCCCUGACCCUCCUUGAAUACUGAGACUCACAGGCCCAGUCUUGGUCACUGUUGGCUCCUGGCCCUGAUGCCUGCCCCGGGCCCCCCCAGCUCCUUCCCAUGCCCCAGAGCUUUAACAGAGUGAACCGGUGUGUGUGUUGUGCAGGCUCAUUUGUCAUUGCAGAAACCACUGGGUGGAGAAAAAGCUGAUAAAAUCUAUGAAUCAA